AGGAGAAGCAGGGCCUAGUCUCUGCCCCAUUCCUGUUCCCCUUCCUGUCUGUACCCUGUCUCUCCUUUCCCUGGCUCUGCCAGACUCUAUCUCCCUGGGCGCCAGCCUCCCCACCCACCCCUGGAGGGUGGGGCUUGGCUGCAUCCACGUGUGGUGGAGUUAAAUGCUCCCGAGCCGGCAGAGGAGCUAGGGAGUGUGGCACUGAGCCGGCUCAGGCAGAGACGCGGCACCAUGGCUAGCAAGAAAGUCUGCAUUGUAGGCUCCGGGAACUGGGGCUCAGCCAUCGCCAAGAUCGUGGGUGGCAAUGCAGCCCAGCUGGCACAGUUUGACCCACGGGUGACCAUGUGGGUGUUUGAGGAAGACAUUGGAGGCAAAAAGCUGACUGACAUCAUCAACACGCAGCAUGAGAAUGUCAAAUACCUGCCAGGGCACAAGCUGCCCCCAAAUGUGGUGGCUGUCCCGGAUGUGGUCCAGGCUGCAGUGGAUGCUGACAUCCUGAUCUUUGUGGUGCCCCAUCAGUUCAUCCGCAAGAUCUGUGACCAGCUCAAGGGCCACCUGAAGGCAAAUGCCAUUGGCAUAUCUCUUAUUAAGGGGGUAGACGAGGGCCCCAAUGGGCUGAAGCUCAUCUCCGAAGUGAUUGGGGAGCACCUCGGCAUCCCCAUGAGUGUGCUGAUGGGGGCCAACAUUGCCAGCGAGGUGGCUGAUGAGAAGUUCUGUGAGACAACCAUUGGCUGCAAGGACCCGGCCCAGGGACAACUUCUGAAAGAGCUGAUGCAGACACCCAAUUUCCGUAUCACAGUGGUGCAAGAGGUGGACACAGUAGAGAUCUGUGGAGCCUUAAAGAAUGUAGUGGCCGUGGGUGCUGGCUUCUGUGAUGGCCUGGGCUUUGGCGACAACACCAAGGCGGCAGUGAUCCGGCUGGGACUCAUGGAGAUGAUAGCCUUUGCCAAGCUCUUCUGCAGUGGCCCUGUGUCCUCUGCCACCUUCUUGGAGAGCUGUGGUGUUGCUGACCUGAUCACUACCUGCUAUGGAGGGCGGAACCGGAAAGUGGCUGAGGCCUUUGCGCGUACAGGAAAGUCCAUUGAGCAGCUGGAGAAAGAGAUGCUGAAUGGGCAGAAACUGCAGGGGCCCGAGACAGCCCGGGAGCUACAUAGCAUCCUCCAGCACAAGGGCCUGGUGGACAAGUUUCCCUUGUUCAUGGCUGUGUACAAGGUGUGCUACGAGGGCCAGCCAGUGGGUGAAUUCAUCCGCUGCCUGCAGAAUCAUCCAGAACAUAUGUGAGUAGGGCCAGGGCCCAGGCCAGGCUGCUUCUUUACCCCAGUGGAGACCAGCAGAAGCCUACGGUACCUAGUCACCAGGAUCUCCAGGACUCCCAGGGAGCAGACUCUUCGCAUCUUUUCACUGGAGGAUAGGAGGCUAUGGGGCCCAGCUACGCACCUGGAGAUUCUGAACUAUCAAGCCACUGGCAGCCUCUUGCCACCACAUUUGCCAGAAAUGCAAUUGCCCUGUCCCUCUCCUGAUGUGGGACUUUCUCCGUGUCCUCUGGGAGGGAUGGAAUCAAGCCCCAGCGCUGCCUGCUUGGCGGCGGGGGUGAUGUAUGAGGGGAAGGGUUGGGGGAGAAGCCAGCAGGGCAGGGGCUGCCAGUGGCUGUCUCACACAGACCAGGAAUCCUGUUAAAGGGCUGAAGAAGUAUCUCAGCCACAGGAGGGAUGAGGCAAGGAUUGUCAGGGAGGGGUCCGGGCUUCUGAGCUGAUGCAGACCCCAGGGACCCCUUUGCUGACCUCUGCCAGGACCCACACAGCUUCAAUGGAUCUCAGUGUUUGUUAACAAAAUACAAAGAUCUCAAACAAACCCCUUCUAGCUUCUCCUAGCAACAUCUGUGUCCUCACAAACCUCUGGUCCUCCCCUUUCCCCCUCCCCCAGGCUGUCCUGGCACCCAAGUUGCUGCCAUGCUGGCAUCUCUAGCCCAGUGGCUUGACAUUCUCCCCAGGGACUUCCCGGUUCCUAGUUCAUUGCCAGCUCCUCCCCACUCUGUGUGACCUUUCCAAGCCUUCCCUCACCCUCCCCGCCAGCACCCUCUUUGGGGAGCAGGAACUUAAUCUGCUGACAGAGCUAUACCUUUCACAGCAGGCUCAGAUCACUCGGCUCCCUGUGACCUUUGUAUUCACCCAGCCUCCCUUCUCAGUAGUUCCAGCUGGAUGAGGUGUCAGCUGAGCCCCUUCUGUGCUAUCUCCCCAGAGGACAUCCCUGACUCCACCCUUUUCUUCCUCCCAAACCCUGCACCUCUUCCUCAGCUGCUCCAGAUCGGCCAGGGUAACCAGCUAACCCAUGCCUGGCAUCUGGAAGCCAGCAGGCCAAAGGGUGGCCCAAAGGCUGAUGAACGGUAGGGGAGGGUGAGCAGGUUCCUAUGUUGGUGGGCACCGAUAUUCCAAGGGCAGCUCUCUUUGCUGAAUGAGGGCCUUCUCGUGAGGUACUGACCACACCAGCAACUCCGGAGCUAGGAAACUCAAGGAGGAGGAAGAAAAUCAAAACCACCCUACUCCCUGGGGUGAGGGAAGAACAGGAGGGGAGGAGGAGGAUUGUGCUCUGCACUGGCCUUGCUCCAGGAUGGGGUGGCAGCAGGGGAAUGUCACAAGUCAGCAGCCUAGGCCUCUAGCUAUAAAUAGUCUGGAGGGCCCGAGAGGCUCCCGCCCCGUCCAGCAGGGGUCUCGGCUUCCUGUGUGGAAGCACCUGGCACACUGGCUCUGGCCAGCAUUAUGCUAAAACCCUCUUACUCUCCAACGAACCGGGGAGGCGGGCUCCUCUCUGCGCCUAGCCCUUGAGAAUGCUGUCUUACCAGUGAACGGUGGCGCUGCCCAGAUCAGGCAGCAGGAGUGAGGGGCACACUCACCUCAGGCCUGGCUGAGCCCAGGUCUGUCCAGAGCUGCCUCCCCAGGAGGUUAAGGUGGGGGCAAAGGGGAAGCUUCAAACACUUUGCCUACUUUUGUUCACUCCCCAGACCACUGUGACUCAGGUCUUCCCAUCAGGCCUAUUUGUCUACCCAAUAAAGUGUGUUUUUUCCAGAAA